CCGGGUCGCUCACAAAGUUGCCCUGGGAGCUGGGCUUUGCUCGAGACUCCCAGGAAGGAGGACUGGUGGCUGCCCUGGCGGAGUCUGACCCGGGCUGCGUCGGUCCUGCUGCUCGCUGUCAGCCGCUCCGCGAGGCGCGAAGCUGGGUGGGGCCUGCGCCUCCGAGCCGCACUGGGUGGGCGACGGACCGGAGCCCACCUUGAGAGCCCCGCGGGGCUGAGGUCGCCUCUGCCCAGCGGGGUCCCCGGGAGUCUGAAUUUCCGUGCACGCAGCUCUGGAGAGGUUUCGCGCCUUGCGAGCAAAAGGUUUCCAAGCAACUUGGAAUCACCACUGAUGUGUGAAGUUUCAGAAGUGCAGCGGGGCAGCGGCAGCAGCAUCGGCAGUGCAGGAAGCAGCCCGGGCAGCUCCAUCACUGCCUGUAAGAAGGUUCUCCGCAGCAACAGCUUGCUGGAGUCCACAGACUACUGGUUGCAGAAUCAGAGAACGCCCUGCCAGAUUGGUUUUGUGGAAGAUAAGUCUGAAAACUGUGCUUCCGUCUGCUUUGUGAACCUGGAUGUGAACAGGGAUGCAUGUAGCACAGAGCACCUGCAGCAGAAACUGAUCAAUGUUUCACCAGACCUUCCAAAAAUCAUCAGCUCUAUGAACGUCCAACAGCCAAAAGAAAAUGAAAUUGUCCUCCUAAGUGGCCUAGCAUCUGGAAAUCUCCAGGCAGAUUUUCAAGUUUCACAGUGUCCUUGGCUACCAGAUAUCUGCUUGGUCCAAUGUGCAAGAGGGAACAGACCGAACAGUACGAACUGCAUCAUCUUUGAAAUCAAUAAAUUCCUGAUUGGCCUGGAAUUGGUGCAAGAGCGGCAGCUCCACCAGGAAACAAACAUAUUGAAACUGGAGGAUGACACCAACUGUUCCUGGUCCUCAGUUGAGGAAGAUUUCCUCACUGCCUCUGAGCACUUGGAGGAAAGCGAGGUGGAAGAAUAUAGGAGCGGUUAUGGAAAUAUAAACGUGUCAGCCGAUGUUUUUGAAAGUAAAAAGUCAAAGGAAACCACUCAAGAGGAAUGGGAUGACAGGAAGGAAAAAUUCCUUUGUAUUUUGGAAAACAAAUAUGUCAGCAAAUAUAAUACACCAUUGAUGAAAAUGGAAGGAGCUCUGGAAAACACAGCCUCCCAAAGUGGAGAUCCGUCACACAAGCCCUUACAGAGGGAUGGUGAAGCUGUGGGGAAUGAGCAACCAGCCCCAGAAUGUUAUUUGGAGAAUUUUAAAGAGCAACUAGAAACAUCUCAAGCAGUGUACAUUCCCAGGGAUGCUCAUUUCCCCAUGGUGGUGAAGAAAGACCCACCUUCUGCAUGUGGCAUUGUCACUGAGCAGGGCAGCAGCCUAGACCCAAGAGGCCAUGAAGAGUCAAGAAAUUCUCCUCCUCCUAUCCAAGGUGGAGAAGCUACAACUGGAGAGUAUGCUACGAAUUUAGCAGAAUCUGUGCUGCAAGAUGCAUUUAUCAGACUGUCUCAGUCUCAACCCACACUUCCCCAGGAGCCUGCAGUUGAUGCUCCUCUAGGAAGUGCUCUGCUUCCCAGUGGCUGUUCCACCAAAGACAUAGCGGCCGCCAGGUCAUGGAAUGAGCUCCCCAAAAUCGUCAUUGUGCAGAGUCCAGAUGGUGGCAAUGCUGCCCCUGAUGCUGGUGUCUCCUCCUGGCUUGACACCGAUGUUUCUGUUGAUACCGCAAGUGUUCUCUCUGGAGAGAACCCCAGCAGACAUCCUCAGAGUGCUCUAGAAGUAGCGUUAGCUUGUGCAGCCACUGUGAUUGGAACAAUUUCCAGUCCCCAGGCCACUGAAAGAAUCACAAUGGAGCAGGAAUCCUCAGUGUCAAACUGCACGCUGGAAGGCAGUGGAGAGCUGCAAACUCAAGCAUCCCUAGGACUCAAGGACCCUUCCCCCAGUGACUUCUCCUUUCCAUCUGCUUUAUGUGGGAUGACUCAGGUGGCAAGUGCUGUUGCUGUCUGUGGCCUGGGUGAAAGAGAAGAGGUAUCAUGCCCGGUGGCCCCAAGCAAUGUCUUGCCUGCAGCUGAGGCAUCUGAAGCCACCUCUCCACUUUGUAGUUCAGUGACACAGAAGAACAUGGUUCUGGAAAAGGAAGCCAUUGCAGAGGCUUUGCUCACAGAAGUGGCUCUGGUUUUAACCAGGCCUGGGUCCUAUGGCAGCAUUGGAGACAUCAUGGAUUCUGUGAACAGGAGAAUCUUAGAAACUGCUUCAAAGCCUCAGACCCUGUGCUCAGAAAACAUCCUCAGGAACGACCUGGCACAGACCCUAUCCAAUGUUAUCCUGAAGCAUUCCAUUGAUGAAGUUCACCAGAAAAAUAAAAAAAUCCACCCCAGCGAAGACAGACGUGCAUUGGACUCCCUGGACACCCUGAUGGAAAGCACAAACCAACUGCUCCACCAGGUGAUAAUCUUCACGUUCAAGAAGAUGAGCCACAUGGUAAGGCUCAGUGAAUGUCCUACUGUCCUCUCCAAGGAAACUGUCCGAUGGACAGAGACAGAACCCCGAGGCUUCCAGCCAUUUGAUCAGGCUGCUGGUCAAGCAUGGACAAAGACCACCACACACUCCAGCGGCCAUCCUCCUGGUGGUCCAUACAGUCUUGCCAUCGAUGAUCUUAUGGAUGACGUGCAUCCAAAGCAAGAGAAGAGUGGAGCGAGGCCAGGCCUGUUCAAGAACCCCACGCUGCCAUCUGAAUUGUCAUGCAGUCACCAAGUGCAGGAUUCUUCUACUGCUAAAACAUCCCCUAAGGAAAUGCAACUGAAAGGAAUGGUGGGAAAGGAUACGGAGAACCCUCCGCAGAUUCCCUGUCACAAGGAGAAGAAACGUAGAGCCUCUUCAGGAGCGGAAAGGGCUCCAGAAGUGGGCGAGUGCAGAAGCAGCUCUCAGGGUGCGGAGGACAGUACCGAUCCCAACACCCAGGAGAAGUGUGGCUGGGCCACGCAAUUGAACAACGAUGUCCAAGGCACUCGGUCCUUGCUAGGUGAUGACCUGGUGCUUCCCGCUCAACCCAUGCUGGAAGCAAAGCAGGGAGACAUCUUCUGCAUUGCAGACUUCGCGGAAGAACUAGCAGAGACGGUCGUCUCCAUGGCAACUGAAAUUGCAGCUAUCUGCCUUGACAACUCCUAUGGAAAACAACCCUGGUUUUGUGCGUGGAAAAGAGGGAACGAGUUUCUGGUAACACCAAACAUAUCCUCCCAAUCUUUGAAGCGAAGGAAGGAAAGCCAGAGCAGUGGUAGCACCGUGAGGAAACACAAGCCACCGCGGCUCGGUGAGAUCAAGAGAAAAACAGAUGAGCAUCCUGAACUCAGAGAGAAGCUCAUGAACAGGGUUGUGGAUGAGUCGAUGAACCUUGAAGAUGUCCCUGAUUCUGUCAGCAUUUUUGCGAAUGAAGUGGCAGCCAAGAUCAUGAACCUUACGGAGUUCUCCGUGGCGGAUGGCGUGUGGCAAGCGCAGAGCUACUCCCGAAGUCGCUUGCUGAGUGGCGACAGGUGGAACCGGCUGAAGGCCUCCAGCUGCGAAAGCAUCCCCGAGGAAGUCUCUGAGGCCCGGGCCUACGUGAACAGCCUGGGUUUAAUGAGCACCCUAAGCCAGCCAGUCAGCCGAGCCAGCUCUGUCUCCAAACAAUCGAGCUGUGAGAGCAUCACCGAUGAGUUCUCAAGGUUCAUGGUGAACCAGAUGGAAAAUGAAGGGAGAGGAUUUGAAUUACUGCUGGAUUACUACGCUGGCAAGAACGCCAGCAGCAUUCUGAACUCAGCGAUGCAACAGGCCUGCAGGAAAAGUGACCACCUCAGCUUGAAGCCGAGCUGUCCCUCUAAGCAGUCCAGCACCGAGAGCAUAACGGAGGAGUUCUACAGGUACAUGCUGAGGGACGUCGAAAGGGAAAGCAGAGACAGCACCUCCUCCAGAAGAAGCAGCCACGAGUGGAGCACCGGCUUGCUAUCCCCUCCUCUACGAUCCCCACUGUGUCACAGACAGUCGUCCAUGCCGGAUAGCAGAUCCCCAUGCGUCAGGCUGACAGUGAAUGCACCGGUCAAGGCCAACUCCUUAGAUGGUUUUGCCCAAAACUGCUCACAAGAUUUCCUAAGUGUGCAGCCAGUCAGUAGCGCUUCCUCCUCUGGUCUCUGCAAAUCUGACUCGUGCUUGUAUCGCAGAGUUGGGACCGACCAGAUCACGAACAUGUUAAUUCAUGAAACGUGGGCCAGCUCCAUCAAGGCCCUCAUGAGAAAGAACAAAAUUAUCGUGGAUGAUGUGGAGAUAGCUGAUGCCGGUCCUGUUUGUGGUAGCUCCACCUUGCAAAGGGAAAAGGGUGCAAACAGAUUAGCCGCAGGCAGAGUGCACAGUGGUCCAGAUCCGCUGGUUCAGGAGUCUGUUGAUUCCCCGAAGAAGGACUCUGUAAGCGGAAGCGAACAUUCCCCCGGGUCAUCUCCAAGUGAAACUGCUCCUCUUAUCAACCGAGAUGGUUUAGAGUCACAGAAGGAAACUUCCUCGAGCCAUGACGCUGGUCCUCUAGGCCACACCAGGUGGUCCCUUUGCUCCAGGGGGGUGCCUUUGAUUCAGAUUGAAACAGACCAGAGAGAAGAGUAUGCUGGAGAACCUGAACCUUUGCUUUCCCAAAAUGGCUCCUUACCAGAAACAGAAGACCAUUUGAAGGAAGAAACGGUCCCCGAGGGGGCCAGAGGUGAAGACACAGCAGUGAUUGUCUGCCAAAACCAUAGUGACAGGCUUGAUGCCAGAGACGUACCAGAAGCUGAAGUCACAACAGAAGCAAGAGCCCCCGAUGAGUUUCCCAGUCUUCCCAGUAGCAGCGAGGAGAGUACAGGCAGCUGGUCCCAGCUAGCCAAUGAAGAGGACAACCCAGAUGACACAAGCAGCUUUCUGCAGCUCAGCGAACGAUCCAUGAGAUGCAACACAGGCUUGGUUUACAUGAGCAAUGGCAACAGUAGUGCCACUAGCAGUCUUGGCAUUCUGGACCUGGACAUUUAUCAGGAAAGCAUGCCACCUUCUCCCAUGAUUCAUGAAUUAGUAGAAGAAAAGGAAAUUCUCAAAGGACAGUCAGAAAGAAUAAAGGAACAAGCCUCAGGACUGCCAGGGACAGCAGCCAGCCACCAACAGAACCUGCUGGUGAUCAACUUUGACCUGGAACCAGAGUGUCCUGACACUGAGCUUCGCGCCACUCUGCAGUGGAUAGCAGCCUCCGAGCUCGGGAUUCCCACGAUCUACUUCAAGAAAUCUCAAGAAAACAGAAUUGAAAAGUUUCUAGAUGUCGUUCAACUGGUCCACCGGAAGUCCUGGAAGGUGGGGGAUAUCUUUCACGCAGUCGUCCAGUACUGCAAAAUGCAUGAGGAGCAGAAAGAGGGAAUUCCAAGUCUCUUCGACUGGCUCCUGGAACUGGGAUAAGGCAGUCUGGCCCUGAGGAGCAUUUCUUUCCUUUAUCCUAGCUUAGAAAGUAGUGGUUUGCUCAAUGCUCUGAACUUUGUCAGUAUAUCAUGUCAUUUUAGCAGAGCUAUAAAAAAAUGUACUGCU